AUGUUGUAUCGGCAAUGCACACUGGUGGUUGGUUUGAACAUCAUUGUAACGAUGCCGCCUGUUGAAGAACAACAGGCUGAUAAACCUAUUCAACCUAAAAUUGGUAUAAUAUAUCCUCCACCUGAGGUGAGGAAUAUCGUCGACAAAACAGCUAGUUUCGUAGCUCGUAAUGGUCCAGACUUUGAAUCACGUAUUCGUCAAAAUGAAAUCAGUAAUCCGAAGUUCAAUUUUCUGAACCCUGCUGAUCCAUACCAUGCUUAUUAUCAACACAAGGUUCGAGAGUUUGCUGAAGGUAGGACACCAGAACCUGCUGCUAUAAAAUUAACCAUUCCUAGUGCUGCUCGCCUUGCUCAGGAUACUCCGAAGUCGAUUCAAGAAACAUUCACACCCAAAGACCCACCAGCUGAAUUUGAAUUUGUUUACGAUCCACCAUCUAUUAAUGCAGUUGAUAUUGACAUAAUAAAGCUUACAGCACAAUUUGUUGCAAGAAACGGUCGACAAUUCUUAACUCAGUUAAUGAACCGAGAACAGAGGAACUAUCAGUUUGACUUCCUCCGUGCUCAGCACAGUAUGUUUGGUUAUUUUACAAAGCUCGUGGAACAGUACACCAAAAUUUUAAUACCACCCAAAGAUGUCAUUUCGAAAUUGGAAGACGAGUUAGAAAAACCGAAACAGCUACUUGAUGAUGUAAAGUAUAGGGUUGAAUGGCAUAAGUAUCAAGAACGUCAGCGUAAGCGUGAAGAGGAAGCUGCAGAACGUGAACGUGUGGCCUAUGCAAUGAUUGAUUGGCAUGAUUUCGUCGUGGUUGAAACUGUCGACUUUCAAGCAAACGAAACAGGCAAUUUCCCUCUACCGACUACUCCUGAUGAAGUUGGGGCACGCUUACUAGCUGAAGAGCGUGGUCUCCAACCUCCUUCAAAGCCGUCAGCGCCCCCACCUCCUGGUUCACUUGGAUUAAUGCCAACUGAUAUAGACGAAGAUGAUACAAGUGAUCAGGAAUUUGAUGAGUCGGAUAAUGAGAAUGAAGCUUCUGGGCUUUCCCAACCUAAAGAUCAGGGCCUUAUCAACCAUAGCCCUCCACCUUAUCGUACUGAAACAGAAAAUAUGGGUGCUGAUGAUAUUCCCACUCCACCUGCUGCUAAUGUGACUGAUAUAGCUGGAGAAGAUGAUAUGGAGUUAUCAGAUGACGAGAAUAUUACCGAAGAACCGGUUCAGCAAACCAAAGUACCAGCAAAACAGGUACCAUUGUCUUCUGAUCAAGUGAUUAUUCGUCAUGACUAUGAUCCAAAAGCUACAAAUAUUAGGCGAGCAGAGGACUCUGUGCUCUUAGUAUCACCUUUCACUGGAGAAAAGAUUCCUGCCAACCAAGCUCCAAAACAUAUUAAGGUUGGACUACUUGAUCCUAAGUGGGUUGAACAGCGUGAUCGAGAGAUUCGCGAGAAACGUGAGCAAGAACAAGUUUAUGCUGCAGGAAAUCUGAUUGAUAGUAGCUUAAAACAGCUUGCUGAGCGUCGUACAGACAUUUUCGGUGUAGGAGUUGAUGAAAUUCAAAUUGGGAAAAAACUGGGUGAACAAGAAAUAGUAAAAUCUGAUAAGCUUAUUUGGGAUGGUUACUCUGCUACUACAGAUGUUGUUACCAAAAGAAAUUUGGAAGCGGUUACUGUCAAAGAUAAGAUGGAUUUAUUAGAGUUUCAACAGAAAUUAGAUUCUGCUCGAGACAAAAUCGGUCCUCAAAGUGGGGUGCCCCCUGCACCAAGUAUUAUACCUCCGGUACUCCAUAAACCAACAAUAUUGUUGCCACCGCCGUCAAUGCAAACUGGAGUUACACAGCCUCCACCUCCCCCACCUCCUCCUGGUCUUGUAAUGCUUUCCAGUGCACCACCGCCAUUACCGCCGGGUCUGUUUCCACCCGGAAUGCCUCCUCCUCCACCCGGUAUAACUAUACCUGGUUUCAUGCCUCCACAUCCACCCAUCCCACCACCACCACCAAUUCUCCCCCCAACACCUGCUAAUGAUGGGGAGCCGGAAGCAAAAAGACCAAGAGAAUAG